UGCCGCAUGUCCACGCUCAGGCUUUCCCUUGAGGCAGGUUGACAGGAAAGGGACAUUGCAGUUUCUUCAUAUCCUUGACUUUACUUACCCCAAUUCUGUUGAUGACAGCACAAGGUGUUGGUUCCAAAAGCUCACCUAUCAUAAUAUCUGAUGACGAGGAGGAAGAAACCAUCGUAGAACAGCAAUUGCAAAUAACACGGGUACACGCAGAGGUCAUUACCCAAGAAUACAAGAAUACAAGCUCAGGCGCAACAUCCGAGUACGCAGGCAACAUAGGUUAUAAGAUGCUGCUAGGAAUGGGCUAUUCGCCAGGUCAUGGUCUUGGGCGUGGACUUGACGGUGAGUAAACCAUACCCCGAAUUUUUACGGUCACCCGAAGUUGCUCCAGGCGAAAUCCAGCCACUUGGCCUCACCUUGAAA